CCUUCGUAGCGUCCAAUCGGCUGAGAAUCAUCUCCUCUCGCGAACAUGUCGCCCAUGAAGCUGUGUGUUCCAGGUGACAAGCUGUGCAGUGUAGAAGACUGUAUUCCUGGCACAGGAGUCUACGUGCGGCACGGCUGCAUAUACUCCUCUCUAGCAGGCUACGUGCUCAGGAAGAACGAGGGAGAGGAGUUACCCGUGAUCUCAGUGGUGAGGGAAACAGAGACGCAACUACUACCAGAUGUAGGAGCGAUAGUCACCUGUAAGGUUACAAGCAUCAACCCCAGAUUCGCAAAGGUCCACAUCCUUUAUGUCGGCUCCACACCGCUGAAGGACCGCUUCAGAGGGACGAUAAGGAAAGAAGAUGUCCGUGCAACAGAGAAGGACAAGGUGGAGACGUACAAAAGCUUCAGACCCGGGGACAUCGUCUUGGCAAAAGUCAUUUCUCUCGGAGACGUGCAGUCUAACUACCUGCUGACAACAGCAGAGAAUGAGCUGGGCGUGGUGGUGGCACACAGUGAAGCAGGUGCUCAGAUGGUUCCUAUCAGCUGGUGUGAGAUGCAGUGCCCACGAACGCAUGCCAAGGAGUUCCGCAAAGUGGCCCGAGUGCAGCCGGAGUACUUGCAGGCAUGAGAGCCUCGCAGCUUUUCUCUUCCACAAGGAACACACAGCUUCCCUUCCCUCCUGUCCCCAACUGCAGCCGAGUCGCCUCUCGACUCCGUUACAGAUGUUUUGAAGAGACUGGACGACGUGCAGAAUGUUGGCGACUUCUGUUUCAUCUCUUAGUGUUUUUUUUUUUUUUUUUUGUCCCUCUGCACAUUAUGUCAGCUUUAGAUCGUGCUAGCUUGGAAACACAGAAGCGGACGAAAAUGCCAAAUUGUCAGGACAUAAUCCAAGGAGCGUAGCAACUGUUGUAAAGGUGUCUUGAACUCAGAACGAUGCGUGUGCCAGCAACGUUUGGCUUCAAAGUUGUCUGUACAAUUGUUUUUAACCUGAUUAGAACUGUUGACUUGGUUCUCACCCAGGGUGUUACAAUGCAGGGAUCAUUAUGUUGAAAAGAUUAAAGCAUCAGAUUUUCAUCUUUUAAAGAGAGGCUAUUUUCACUGAUGCAGGAUUCACUCAGUUCUUCGUAUUAUGAUGGAUCAGGUCUCUGGAAGGAUGAUCGUUGGUGCACAGUGAUGAGUGUAUAAACACACACUUGUUGAGACCCACAGUUAUGGUCAUGUCAAGGAAAAAUAGACAUCAUUCAAAAGGCAGCGAGUGUUUUCUGUCUGUAAUGAGGACUGCUGCAUCGUGCUUUAAAACAUGUCAUGUAUGUGGUUGACUUUUGUUUUUUUCAUACUUUGGUCUUUAAUGUGAUGACAUUUUGAUCUCUGGUUUCAGUUUCUCCGUACUCUUUUAAGGCUGUUCCAGUUUUUCGAUAAGCUGAAGGACAAAUAUUGUCUUGAGAAGUUUGAAAUGAAAAUGACUGAGCGAGAGCCUGAUGUUCAUUCCAAAUAACAGUACAGCUACUGCACAGGGAAUAUUGAAGUAGGUUGAGAUAGUCGAAUAUUAUGUUGUUUUUUCCAACACAUUAUCAAAACCAAACAUAUGAGCCAUCAAUGAGAAAGCAGAAAUGUGUCCGUGUUAUCUUUGAUUUCUUUUUUUCAUCUUCCAGCAGAGGUGAUUCAUGUGCAAGAUUGGAAUAAAAAACCUAUCAAAACCAUC